AUGGCUCACAUAGAUCCAGCAGUCAUCUCAAAGACAGUGAUCGUCCCCAGAGCACACCUCUGGCCCCCACCCCCGGCGAGUGGGCCGCGUCUUGGAGCGCGGCCCACUCCCCUCCGCGAUCCAGGGGCCCACAACUUCAACCCAGGCGCAGGUUGGAGCUCGCUGCCUGGACAGCUGCCCGAUCCUUUUCCCUAUCGAGCUGAACUCGACUUGCCUGUCCCGCAGCGGCGUAACUGCUCUCCAACUCCCACCAAAAAGGAGCACCGUGGACCAUCGCGCCUCAAGCCACCUCUGGGCUUCCCGGGACCGAUCCCCGCUCCCUGCUCCCGUGUGUGGGAAAGACUGGAGUGUGUGUGCGCCCGCUCUCCGUGCGUGAGGAAGUCUGAAGUGUUUGACCGCCUGACCCAAACGGGUAGAAAGCAUCUUCACCUCUGGGACUUGGCAGUAACAGUAAGACUUGCUGGAGUUGUAUUGUGUGUGUGA